AUGGCUCCGGCCACACCAAGACCUGGGGACCUGAUAGAGAUUUUUCGCCUUGGCUAUGAGCACUGGGCCGUCUACGUGGGGGACGGCUACGUGGUCCACCUGGCUCCUCCAAGUGAGAUCGCCGGAGCAGGGCCUUCCAGCCUCCUGUCUGCCCUGGCUGACAAGGCCAUAGUGAAGAAGGAGCUGCUGUCUGUGGUGGCAGGGACAGACAAGUACCGUGUCAACAACAAACAUGACGACAAGUACGCGCCGCUGCCUCCCAGCAAAGUCGUGCAGCAGGCGGAGGCGCUGGUGGGGCAGGAGGUGCCGUACAAACUGACCAGCGACAACUGCGAGCACUUCGUGAACCAGCUGCGCUACGGGGUCUCCCGCAGUGACCAGGUCACUGAUGCGCUCCUGGCAGUAGGCGUGACAGUAGGUGUCCUUGGAGUGGGCCUGGCUGCCGCGAACCUCUUCAGCUUCCUCCUGAACAGAAGCCAGCAGGAAAAGCAGUGACUGCCAGGAACCAUCCCAAUGGCAGCCAGUCAACACAGAGAAUUCUUGCUGAGCCAGCAGGUGUGGGGUUUGCUUUGUUGCUUUCGCUCUGUUUUAUAUUAAUUUCAGCUGAUUUGAAUGGAGCAAAAUAAAAGCACACGAUUUUA